AUGUCAGAACGUGGCGCAACUCCAUCCAUGGACAGCCCUGCUGAGGGACAUGUCCCCACGGUCAAUCAUGAGGAAUUCGGUUUUUCUCUAAUCAACAAGUUAUUACGCCAGGAGCAAGAAUCCAGACGCUACCACGGACACCUUGAGUCUAAAAUCGAUGUGGAUUCUUCGACAUAUCUAAAACUGAGGGAUUAUUGCCUUCAGAUCGAGAGGAAAGUCACCGCCUUGGAGUAUAUACGAUCGCAGCAAGAGGCGUCUUUGCGAUUCGCGGUGGAAUCUUGUCAGAUCAUGUCCAACAACCUCAACCUUCAAAAGAAUAAAGCGAACCAGCUUGAAGCUCGUCUCAUUGAGUUGUAUCCAGCGAUUGAUGAAAUGCUUCAUUCUUUGAAUGAGAUCUCGAGCCAUCAUGAUUUCCGGAAUAGCCAAAAGAUCGAACGACUUCUUGAAGAAAACCGGUAUCAGCGAGAGCUGAACGAUUAUCUUCAGGGGGCUCUUUCUGCUCGCGAAGAGGUGCUACAGGACUUGAAAAAGUUUCUCGCACAGACAUUUCUGGGUUUUUCCGCAGGUGACCAUAGCACUGAAGUCCCUGAGGAACAGCAAGAUGAGAGUAUGCCCUGGUCUCCUUCGACUGAUGAUCGCUUCCCUGUUGAUACUAUCACCGAUUUCCUCAUGUGCGAUACGACAUAA